AUGGACCGAAAGAUUUCCUUGAACGGUGUGCACCACGAGUGGGAGGGGUGUGAGCAAGUUCGAGCUCACUUUCGUUUGCGGCGCCGCCUGUUCCAGAACACGGAACCAGGGAACUUUGACCCCAAGUGCGUGGUAAUUACAGCUGCUCUGAACAAGCAUGUGCUGAAACCACUUCUUAAGCGAAUGGGCCAUGGCCGUCAGCUUUACAGCAUCAAGAUGGUUGACGACUCUGUCGACCUUGAGGAUGACGACGAAGAGGAUGACGAUGACUUGGGAGAUGAUCCCUCCGGAGCUCUCAGGGAAGCUGCGGACCUCUCGGGUGAGCAGCUUGAUGAGCUGGACCGGGAUCUUGGUUUGGCAUCUGGCUCGGAGUCUCCAUCUGCAGCGGCCAUGGUCAAAGCUGUGGAGCCGGAGCCCGAGGAUGAUCCCUUGGCGGACAUGUUGGCCGAGUUUCCUUCACCGACAGAUGAGGCAGCUGCAGCCGUGGCGGAGUCUGUGGAGCCUGAGAGUGAUCCCUUGGCGGAGAUGUUGGCCGAGUUUCCGUCUCCAACAGAUGAGGCAGCCGCAGCUCGCAGCGCUAAGUCAGCGGAGGUCGUCGAAGUGUUUGAGUCCCCCAUGAAGGUCGAGCCAGUGUCACCGGAGAGGCCCAAGAAGCUUCGCAAGAUGCACGUGUUUGGGGAUGAGGGGGACCUGAAGAAGGCUUCGGACGAGCUUGCAAGAUUGAAGGCCCUGCAGAGCCAGAGGGCCCAGAAGCUCAAGGAUGCCGCAACAGCUCUGGCCGCAACAGGACAGGCUUGCCUGGACAAUGUCGAGACCCAGAUGACAGAUGAGCAAAUGAUGGACGGCAUUGCUGAGAAGCAUCGUGCUUCGACUGGGUCAUUGGACUUGGCCUCCAGCCCUGAGCCGGAGCAAAAGCUUCUGGACAACGACGCUGACAAGAAGCCAUCCAACUUGCCUGUGGUUACUCGCCGUGACCAGAUGUCUUUGAAGGCCAGUGUGAAGCAACGCAAGGAGGAGAAGGCCGCCAAGAUUCAGGCAGACAAGUUGAAGAACAAAGGUGGCAGCAAGGCCAAUUCUGAGGAUAAGGCUACGCCUGAGGGAAAGUCAUCGAACGAGUCCGAGGCCGAGGGUAAGCCUACGCCUGAGGGUGAGUCAUCGAAGGAGUCCGAGCUCGCGGGGAAGAGUGCCAGCAAGGCCAAGGCUAAGCCUGUGAUCUGGGGUUCGCCAGAGCACAAGAAGCGCCGCAAGAUCAACCAGAAGGCUACGGAUGAGGAGGCGGGGACAGAUGCUGUUGACAAUGCCAGCGAGGCAAAUGCGACGGUACGCUACGACACCCCCGUGACAAAGCCGAAGCCCAAGAAGGCCAAGGUGAUGAAGCGGCCGAGCGCCAAGGCCAAGAUCCCCAAGAAGGCGGAUCCCAAGCAUCCCGAGGACGACGAGCCUCCAGAGGAUGCGCACGAUGUGAUCCAUGAGCCCAACCCCGUGAUGCUCAAGAAGACGUUCGCUCGCCGCUUUUGUCCAGCUGGAGUUUGGAGCCAGCUUAAGUGGAUCACAAUCCGGAAGGCUUUCGGCUACAAGCUUUACCGCAAGCUAGACAACCCAAGCAAGUACGAGGACAAGUUUUUCGAUGCUUGCACCGUGUAUUUGGACACGACGUCCUUGCCUGUCUGUGCCGAGACAAUCGAGGAGCGGAUCCGUGAGGCUGCCAGCCAAUUUCUCUUGGAGCAUGGCGCCCCAUGA